AUGCAACUUUUGCGUUGUCCUGACAAGGCUCGCAGGGGCGUCAUGAGCCUAGAUAUGGCUUGUGACGUUAGGUGCUUUAAACCCAUCUCCUAUCUGUUCAUAACCCUUACGCUAGUCAACGUGGCUUCGCUUGCAAAAGAAAAGCUCGCGAGCGCCAGGGAAACGAGCGGCGGAUCGAAAGCGAACAACAUAACUGACGUAGAAAGCAAUAGCAGGAGGAGCAACAGCGAAAGGCUCACCACCGGCAAUGUCAUCGACAAUCCGCCGAGGCGCUCUACUUGCCCUGGCCAUUGCACCAAGUAUGGUACCUGCUAUGAAGAGCUCGGCAGGUGCGACUGCCCGCCGGGUCGCGUCGGCGAGGACUGCGCGUCCCAACUUCCCGCGUCAGAGCUGACUCAGCUGUGCGCGGCUAACGGCCACACCAACGCCACAUGCGCUGUGGAACUUGAGCUGGCGCUGUGCCUCAACGCUUGCAACUUCCGCGGCCGCUGCGUCGGCGGCGUGUGUGUUUGCCAGCCGGGAUACUUUGGUGCGGACUGCUCGCUGUCUCUGGCAAUGCAGCCGCCAGGGGCCGACGGCGGCGCCGCCGCCGCCGCCGCCGCCGCUGCCGCCGCUGCCGGCGGCGGCAUCGCCGGCGGCGUCCUCAUGGAGCUUCUCGCCGGACAGAACUACACACCGCGACCCUCCGGACCCCGGAUCUACGUGUACGAACUGCCCCCAGAGAUGAACACGUUCCAAAAUCUGGAUCGUCUGGAUCGACCCCUCAUGUACCUCAUCUGGCAGCGUCUCCUCUCCGCAGGCCUGCGCGUCGCCGACGCCGCCUCGGCGGACUUCUUCCUCGUCCCCAUCCGUGUACGAAUGGCAUACGACAGCGACCGCGUCAUACAGGCCGUGUCUUACAUUCGCUCGGUGUGGCCGUAUUGGAACGCCACGCGCGGCGGCGGCCGACAUAUAUUCGUACACACUGGCGACUGGGGCCGUGACGAGCUAUCGGAAGACGCGCAACUGCUUACACGUAACGCCACGUGGCUGACCCACUGGGGCCUUGCGCGGGAUCAUGAGUUUGCAGGUUGGAGGCAAUCACACCGUCCCGGCAAGGACGUCGUCCUGCCGCUCAUGCUAGCCGCCAGCCUCCUCUCCACGUACCAGCUGCCCCGCGCCAGCCCGCUUCACCCCGCGGGGCCCCGUCCGGAACGCACCACCACUCUGUUCUUCGCGGGGCGAAUCUGCGGAUCCCGCGCGACGCCCUCUCUUAACGGCACCUAUCCCAACUGCCCCAACGUUCUCGGCAGUGAAGACGCGUACUCCGCCGCGACACGCCAGCGCGCGUAUUUCUAUCACCACGGUCGGGCGAAUUGGAAGCUGGUGACCGCAUCGCGCGCGCCGGCGGCGGAAAUGGCGACGGCGAAGUUUUGCCUGGCGCCGAGCGGCGGCGGGCAGGGGAAACGCAGCGUCUUGGCGCCGUUGAUGGGGUGCGUUCCAGUACCUGUGACGGAUGGGUUGAUGCAGCCCUUCGAGCCGGAGCUUCGGUGGGAGCGGUUUGCGGUCGGCGUGAGGGAGAGGGAUCUCCCCGUGAUGCAUGAGCUGCUGGACAGGUUGAUGCCUGAGCAGGUGGCGGGGUUUCAGGCGGAGCUGACGUGCGCGGCGCAGCACCUGUUCUGGUCGUCGUUGUACGGCAGCGUGUUUGGCGAAGACGGCGCGUACGACGCUUUUGAGACGCUGGUGCAGGUGCUGCGCAUGCGGGCGACGUAUCCCAAUGUGGCGCCGGAGGAGUACGAGUAUGUGGAUGCCGCUUUCGCGGCGUUCAUGGAGUGCAGGGAGCCGCCGCCGCCGGCGGCGGCGGCGGUAGCGGCGGCGGCGGAGGCGGGCAAGUCUGGCGGACUGCAGCGGACUCUGGCGGCGAGCAGUCAAUGGCUGCGGCCGCUGCCACAGCGGCGGCGGGGGCCGGCGCCGGCUUCACCGCCGCCGCCGUCGCCUUCGGCGACUGCGACGCUGACGGCGGCGGCUACAGCCACCACCGCUACAGCGGCGUCUCGUCAGGCCUUGUGCUCCCACUCGGCACUACCCACGCCGGGGGCUCAGAGCUGCGGGAGAUGUGUACGGCGGCGGGGCCGGUUGCUCAACCCCGGGGGGACGAUUUGCUGCAACACGCGAGAGCUCGCCAAGUGUCCUCGGUUGUGGGACUAA